AUGGAACUGGAAGAGAUAUAUGAACUUUUAGAUCCAAGUUUGUCAGAUCAAGAAGAUGAUGAUAUUGCUUCAUAUGAUCCAGGUUUCAAACGAUCUGUGAAUGUAACCAGAAGUCAGGGCAAUGAAAAGAAAGAGAACUGUAAAAGAGGCUCUCCCGGAUUUAUAACUGGAGUUGUUGGAGAGGUUGGAACGUGCAAGACAAAUCGAGGAGUUAUGUCUAGGUCGGAUGCCUAUCAAUGGGUUGGUAUUAUACCUGGCGAUUUGCACACUAAAGGUUAUUUUGCGGAGGCAUGUUUUAAAGAGUGGUGGCUAACAAAAGAAGCAUUUAAGAAGAAGUUCUCCGAAGGAAACCUAGAUAGGAUAAGAGAGGCAGUUUGA